AUGGCAGCUGCACCGAUGUUGUUCUUGACUCUUCCUUUCUCUGGUGUCUUGCUCUGCUCCCCAGCCCAGUUCAGAGUGAUUGGACCAGGCCAGCCAGUUGUUGUCACCAUGGGAGAGGAUGCUGUCCUCCCCUGCCACCUGUUGCCCCCCAUGAGCGCUGAGAGCAUGGAGGUGCGGUGGCUCCGGCCUGGGUUCUCUUACUACGUGCACUUGUACCGAGGUGGACAGGAUCAGGAUGGGCAGCAGAUGCCUGCAUAUCGGGGCAGGACUCAACUUGUGAAGGACGACCUCAGCGAUGGGAGCGUCUCUCUGAGAAUACGCAGCGUCCGACGCUCUGACCAUGGGCUGUACACCUGCUUCGUCCGGUCCAAUGACUCCUCAGGUGACGCUCUGUUGGAGCUGCAGGUGACAGGUCCCUAUUUCCCAUGGGCGGUGGCUCUGGCCGUGAUUCUGUCCCUUGUCGUUCUCCUGGGCAGUUUCUGCCUCUGGCGGCAGCACCGUGUGACAGAGAGGCGCCGUGCAGACAAAGCAAAGUAUGAAGCAAUGAAAGGUAAGUGCCUUUUACUGCCCCCCUGACCCCCUGACUUCACUGGCAAAACCCUGGUACCCAGCCACGCGUCCCUCCCCAUCUCCAGGGAGGUCUUGUGACAAGGACACUUCUGUAUGAAAGGGUCCAGUCCCACACACUGUCCCACACCCCCACAUCAGGAUGGGGGCAGUUGGCAUAGUGCUGGUGCGGGGGGUGCUGUUCGCACCAGCUGAGCACCCCUUGUUGCUGAGGACUGCUUGGGUGUGUGGGCAGGGCCCGCUCUAGUCAGUCUGCCCUGUCUCUGCCCAAAGGGCUGAGUUGGGGAUGGCUCAGGGCUUUCUUCCCAAUGUUUCCUUGCACCUGAGUGAUGUCCCUGGGGCAGCUCCUCUCACUUCCCAGAGGGGAUGGGGAGAUCUCAGGAUCAGGGGCUACAAAGCAGUA